AUGUAUGCAUGCACUAAUGCUACUACUGGUGCUAAGGAUCUUUUUUUCAUAAGAAAUGAAUUAGUCCAGACCAUACUGCAUUGGCCAUGCCAUGGAACCUGGUCAUGGUACAAAAUUAUUGUAUUGAUAAGAUCUUCAAGGCAUAAUGUCACAGCUAUUGACUUAGGUGCUUCAGGUAUCAACCCCAAGCAGGUCCUCGAAGUCCAACAUUUUUCUGAUUACUUGAGUCCGCUGAUGGAGUUCAUGGCCUCACUUCCUGCUGAUAAAAAAGUGGUUCUUGUAGGCCAUGAACUUGGUGGCUUUGCAAUUUCUAAAGCCAUGGAAAGCUUUCCGGAAAAGAUUUCAGUUGCUAUAUUUGUCACUACUCUAAUGCUUGGUCCAACUCUCAAUGCAACCACCAUCUACAAUGAGGUCUUGGCUUUGACUGGAGUAUUAUCUGCACUUGAUAAUCGUGUUACAUACGAUAAUGGACCUACCAGUCCUCCAACAACCUUGAGUUAUGGUCCGAAAUACUUGGCAACUAAGAUUUACCAGUUGAGCCCGAAUCAGGAUUUGGAGCUGGCCAAUACACUAGUAAGGCCAAUUUUUUUAUACAGUGUGGAAGAUGUUUCUAAGGAGAUGGUUAAGAAAAAGAUAUGGAUCAGUUUGGGCUACUAUCUCUAA